CUUUUUGUUUUUUCCAGGACUUAAGUUUCGUUUCUGGCUCUCCACAGGCAACAGUCAGUUUAGGUGGGGUCGAGAUAAAUAUGACCUGCUGAUCAUUAACAGUCGGAUGAGCUGGUGUUUCCAGUAUGCAGAGAGGUUUCCAGCUGGGCCUGCUGCUCCUGGCUGUCCAGCUGUUCCAGGAGGGUUUGGGUAAUAUCCCAGCAGUCACUCUGUCUGUGCUGGGAUUCAAUGUGUAUCUUUACAUGUUCCCUGCUGCUCCGCUGAUGAAGGCCUGUGUGAGCCUCCAUUAUGUGUACAAGGAUAAAGAGUGGCGUCGCCUCUUCCUGUCCCCCCUGCACCACGUGGAUGACUGGCACCUCUACUUCAACAUGGCGUCCUUCCUCUGGAAAGGCAUCAGGCUGGAGCGACGUCUGGGUGGAGGCUGGUUCCUCUACCUGCUGUCCGUCUUCUCUCUGCUCACCGGUCUGGUGUAUCUCCUGCUGCAGGCAGCGCUGACGCAACUCAUGGACGACCCUGAUCCGUUGGUGAGAAUGUUUGCCGCUCAAAGCAACGAGUGUGCUGUCGGCUUCUCAGGUGUCCUGUUUGCUCUGAAGGUGGUCUGUAACCAUUACAACCCCGGAGGUGUGACAUACCUGCUCCAUUUUCGUGUGUCCAACCAAUUCGCUAGCUGGGUGGAGCUGGUGCUGAUCUACCUGAUCCACCCUAAGUCCUCCUUGAUUGGCCACCUGGCAGGUAUCCUGGUGGGUCUGUUGUUCACUCUGGGUCCUCUGAAGACCAUCAUGCAGACAUGUGCAGAGAUUGUGUCUUCAGAGGGAAAUAACCUGCGACCAGGUUCAUUCUUCAGCUAUUCAGGCUACAGUGGGACCAGACGGGAUCACUCAGAAGCUCCACAGUAUGAACAAACCAAUGUGACGUCUGAUUACAGAGAAUCUGACAUCGCAGGACUGACAGAGGAGGAGCAGAUAGAGCUGGCGAUCAGAAACAGCCUGAAUAUUCGAGGAACACCCAGGCGGGAAGAAGCUGCACGUCGUCCUUCUGGUUUCCAGCCCACUGAGGAGGAGUUGAGACUUGAGGAGCUCCGGAGGAGUCGACUGAGGAGGUUUGACCCGGGAGUUUCCCAACAACGGAGCAGAAGGAGGCUGUAAUGAUGUCAGAAUGAUAAAACACUGAGCUCCAGUACAUCCCAGCUGAUAUUUUCUAUAAGUUAUUAUCGUAUUCUGGUCUGUUGAUGCUUCUUUCAGUUUUCAGGUGGCUGGUUUAGUUCCAGUAUUAUUUACAACAGCAGUAAACUUCUCUACAUUUUGCCUCAGUUUUCUGCCUUUUGAGUAAAAGGGAACAUCAUAACACCUUUUCUCAGUUUUCUCAGGUCAUGUCGCAUCAAUUUAAAAAAUAUUUGUGUAUUACUACUGCAAACACGAACCUGAUUUAGCCUUUUUUCCAGCAGGGAAAUACUUUUUUAAAUAAUUCAAAUGAAGUCAAAAUGAUACAACAUGAUAGAAAACAUUUGCACUUAAUUUGACAUUAAAUGAACUUGUGAAAUAGAAUUAGUUUUUAAAGUCUACAUGUAUUCAAAAUACUUAAAGUGAACCUUUUAGGCUUGUUUUGUAAAAAAAAAAAAAAAAAA